AUGGCUCUGAUGAAGACUAACAGCAACACAGCGCUGACCCCGGUCCACUGGUUCUCCCACGGCUCGACCAUGAUGCUUGGGGAAGAAAGCGAAUCCGCGACAUAUUGGAAGAAAUGCGGCGACGAGGCUCUUGCGAAUGGGAUCAAAGGUGUCAUCAUCAUGGGCGCCCACUGGGCCAGCGUCAACGACAAGAUCCACGUCGCCACCAACCCGCACCCAGCCAAGUCUCCCGUCGCGUACGUCCAUCCGUCCAAGUACGCCGACUACCAAUUAAACCCCGACCUCCCCACGGCCAACCGGUGCAUUGAGCUGCUGAGACAAGAAGGCUUCGACGCCGAGGGCGACGCCCAAUUCGACUGGAUCCACGACACGUACCUGGUGCUGAUCCGCAUGUUCCCUCAUGGAUGUCCGCCGACGACCAUCGUCGGGAUGAACGCGCGCUACGACCCCCAUUACCACGUCAAAGUCGGCGCCACGCUGCGCCCGCUGCGCAAGGAGGGAUAUCUCCUCAUCGGCUCCGGGGGUGCCGUCCACAACCUCUACCGCAACAAGUGGGAGCCUAUGCUGCGGUACCGGGACAAUUUUGCCCAAGAGUCGCCGCCCGAGGCAUGGGCGUUGGAGUUCCGCCAGGCUGUCGAGGAUAACGUUACUCAGAACGCGGGUCCGCGGCUGCGGAGGGCCAUCGCUCGUCUGAUGAAACAUCCUCAGUAUCGGGACGCCCAUGCGACCGACGACCAUUUCAUGAGUGGGCUUUUUGUUGCAGGGGCGGUGGGCGAUAAGGAAGACGAGGGGACUUAUGGAAAGCUUUAUGCUGAGACUUGGGAAUUGACCAAUAUGUGCAACUCCCAAUUCUCGUUCGGCUCAUUUGUCAAGUCGGCCGCAUAG